UAAGCUUCCAGUUGCAUUUGUGCAGCUUACCGAUGGCUCUCUUCAUUGUCUUGGUGGUUUGUCUUUCUUGUUUGAUUCUUUUUUCUCUGUGGAAUCGAAGGCAUGCCAAAGGGAAGCUCCCACCUGGCCCCACUCCUCUUCCAAUCAUUGGAAAUAUUCUACAGUUAGAUAUUAAGAAUAUUGCCAAAUCCUUAAGCAUUCUAGCAAAAGAUUAUGGCCCUGUAUUUACUGUGCACUUUGGCAUGAAGCCCACUGUGGUAUUAUAUGGAUAUGAAGCUGUAAAGGAAGCUCUGAUUGAUCGGGCAGAGGAGUUUUCUGGCAGAGGCAGUUACCCAGUGAUUGACCACAUUUUCCAAGGAUUAGGAAUUGUUUUCAGCAAUGGUGAAAUAUGGAAGCAAACUCGACGUUUCUCCCUCACGGUUUUGCGGAAUAUGGGGAUGGGGAAGAAAACCAUAGAAGACCGAAUUAAAGAGGAAGCCUUGUGUCUGAUAGAUGAAUUAAAAAAAACCAACGGAUCUCCAUGUGAUCCUACCUUCCUUCUGUCCUGUGUUCCCUGCAACGUGAUCGCCUCUGUCAUUUUCCAGAAUCGUUUUGACUAUGGUGAUGAGAAAUUUCAUACCUUGAUUCACUAUUUUCAUGAAAAUUUCCGACUUGUAAGCACUCCCUGGAUACAGCUCUAUAAUUUUUUCCCUAGUUUACAUUAUUUCCCAGGAAGUCAUAAUGAGCUCUUUAAAAUCAUUGCUAACCAAAAAAAGUUUAUUAUGGAGAAAGUAAAAGAGCAUCAAGAAUCUCUGGACAUCAAUAACCCUCAGGACUUUAUUGACUAUUUCCUGAUUAAAAUGGAAAAGGAAAAACAUAACAAACAGUCUGACUUUACCAUGGACAACCUGAUCGUCACCACCUGGGAUCUGUUUAGUGCAGGAACAGAGACAACAAGCACCACAAUGAAAUAUGGACUCUUGCUCCUGUUGAAGCAUCCUGAGGUCUCAGCUAAAGUCCAGGAAGAGAUUGAACGAGUGAUUGGAAGAGACCGCAGCCCCUGCAUGCAGGACAGGAGCCGCAUGCCCUACACGGAUGCUGUGCUGCAUGAGAUCCAGAGGUACAUUAACCUCGUUCCCAUCAACCUGCCUCAUACAGUGACUCAGGACGUUAAGUUCAGAGAAUACGUUUUUCCAAAGGGCACAGAAAUAAUGGUGUCUCUGACCUCUCUUCUGUAUGAUGAAAAAGAGUUUCCCAACCCACAGAAGUUUGACCCUGGCCACUUUCUGGAUGAAAGUGGCAACUUUAAGAAGAGUGACCACUUCAUGGCUUUCUCAGCAGGAAAAAGAGUUUGUGUGGGAGAGGGCCUGGCCCGCAUGGAACUGUUUUUAAUCCUGACCAGCAUUUUACAGCAUUUUACCUUGAAACCUCUGAUUGAUCCAAAAGACAUUGACACCACCCCAAGUACAAUUGGGCUAGGCUCUAUACCACCCUCCUAUGAACUCUGUUUCAUUCCAGUCUGAAGAAAGGGAAGGUUGCCAAAUUUCUGAAAGAAACCCUACAGCCUCAUCUGAACAAGUCCCCCACCCUCCCAACGGCUGGUGUGUCAAUCAUUCUGUAUGCCCUAACAGGAGGAAUAACAUCCAUGAGCUCUGUGUCUUCUAAUUUUCCCCACCCUUCAAAAUUCAGUUCAAACUUCCUGCAUAAGAGAAACCUCACUGUUGAAAAUCUAAUAAAAUUCUUGUUGUAAUACAGUUCUGAGAUGAUAAGCUAGAGUGCAUCUUCAGUGUAUACCAAAUACAAAGAAACUUAUAAAUUAAAUAGUUUAUUUUAGUAAAAAUUAACAAUAAGAAAUUAUUCUAUGAUUUAAAAAAUAUUUAAAAGAAAAUACAGAAUUUAUGCAUCUCUCACUUCUAUGUAACUCUCUAGGGGAAUGAUUUCUUGACAGUUUGUUCAAUAGGCUUUUGUCUUUUUCCAUGGUUAUUAAAUUAUAAUUAUGUGUGCACAUGUACAUGUGUUUGUUGUACAUGUUUAUUCAUGUAUGUACAGGUAUAUGUAUGUGUACGCAUACAGGGAGGAAACAUGGAAAGAUCGUUCCAGUCAGAGGGAACAAAUAACAUGAAGUAAAAUCUGAAUUUGCCAGUUUGUCCAAGGAUACCUUUUCUUUUUCCCUCUAAUGUUAAACACUACCCUCUCAUGCACAUGGACAAAUAGGACCUAGACAAAUUAAGGCAAAUGAGAAGGGAAUAUGUAUAUUUGGUGAUAUUUGAACACACAGAGGAAUACUUACAUAUGUGUAUGUUUAAGGUAGCUAGGAUUUGGAGAUGACAUUUAUAUACUGUUAUAGAUAUUUUUACAGGCAGUAUGAAUAAAUGUCACUCAUAAUGUCACAUUAUCUGGAUAUUCCAUAAUUGCCAAAAUUAUUUCCCUAUUCAAAUCUAUAUAGUUAUGUGAUAUUUAGAUUAUUUUUUGAACUGUUAAUGUAAAAAUGCUAUGUGCACAUAUACUUUUAUUCCUGUACUUCAUCAGGGUGGUUUCCAAGAUAGUAAAUGACUGCACAAUAGUGUAUAUGAGCUUUUACUUCAGAGAUGGUGAAACAUAGUGCAUUAAAUAUUAUAAAAGUG